AUGGACCUCCCACCAAAGCCCGGUGCGCGGCCACCCUCCCAGCGCUACGUCAAGGCGCGCCGCGACCAGGAGAAGGCGGUCAACCUGAUCUCAGAAGCGGCCGCCAAUGGCGCGUCAAGCUCGAGGGCCCGCGGUGACGCCGCUCGUGAUCCGGGCCCGUGCGCUUCGCUUAAGGCGUGUUUUGGGAAUCGCUGCUGUCUGAAGACAUCGCCCUCCCCGCCGCCACAACCCAGCCCGGCACCAGCGCCCAGCCUGGCUCCACCCAGUCCAGCGCCCGAGCCACCCGAGCCAGCGCCCGCGCCUCAGCCGGCCCCAGCAAAGCCGCCAAAGAAGCUUCCGAAGCCCUCCACUUUGAUCUCGGGCAAGUGGAAGGCGAACAAAAAGUGGUACGAGCGCGAGCUGAGCGGGGCGGUGGUGCGCAAGAGCGCUCACGAUCUGACCCCAGCCGAGGAGGACCGCAUCGUCAAGGCGUGGCUGCGCAUGAUGGAGAGCGAGGACGGCGUGCCGGGUAGCUCGCAAUACUUUCGGCUCGCGCUCAUCCACGGCGGCUCCGAGUGGGAAUGGACCUAUCUCUCCAAGAUGGUCGACCCAAAGCCCUCGUUUUGCGUCCAUGGCGACGAGUGCUUCCCGAACUGGCACCGCGUGUACAUGCUCGACUUUGAGCAGACGCUGCGCUGCGCCGACAUCGACCUCGGCGGAGACGGCAACAUCGGCCUGCCCUACUGGGACUGGUCGAUCAAGCCGGAGGGCAAGACGAUGCUGCCCAUGCUGGCGCAAAAGCUGAUGGCACAGACGAUUGGCUCGCAAGGGCAGGGCCUUUUCCCCGACGCCUUCCUGCCGCUGGACCGGCAAGGGGGGCAGCUACUGCCACGCGAGGCCGACGGCACUCCGUUCUACAAAACCACGCCUUGGUCCGACACCCUCGAUGCGGAGCUGAGGCAGGCGCUGCAUAGCGACUACCGGGUCGGCCACAAGCAAGACGACGUCCUUGAUCUGGACGACCACCGACGUGCCGCCCUCGCCCUCGAUGCGGCCCCGCAUGGGUCGGUGCACGUCGCUCUGGGGAGCCUCGGCCACAGGAAGCCGGGCACAGAGAUGGUCGGCUCGGUGCCGACGGCCGCCUUCCACCCGACCUUCUGGCUGCACCACUGCAACGUCGACCGCGUGUACGAGUCCUUCCUUGUGGAGCACGGGCACGACGCGAUGAAGAGCCAGUUCGAGGCCAACGCCACCCGCCACCAGCAGAUCGCGGCGGGCUUCCCGCGCGGCGAGUGGAACGAGUACGAGCCAUUUUGGAGCGUCGAGGGCCACCGGAGAGUGAUGCACAAGCGGUACUCCGGCAGCGACACCUUUGACUCCUCCAAGCUCGGGUACGUGUACUCAGCGAUCUGCAAGCCCGGCGAGGGCCGCGGAGGGCCACGCCCGCGCGACCUUCCGAUGCUGGCGACGUUUGUGGACGUGCCGAAGGUCAACGUGGACGGCUCCAAGGCGCUGUACGUGUACGUCUCCGACGCCGGCGACGGCGACGACGGGGGCGGCCUCCUCGGCAUCACGUCGCUCUUUGUCCUCCCGACGGAGGGCACCGUCCGCUGCGACAACUGCGUGCUCAACUCGCCAACCUGCUCGGCGGAGGUGGACGUGACGGAGGCGCUCAAGGAGGCGGGCAUCCCUCGCGCGCGCGCGGUGCUGCACGCGCUCGCCUUCGACAUCGCCACGCAGACCGCCAUGACGCUCGAGCAGGCGGGCGUGCCGCCGCCCGAGCUGAGCUCGCCGACCCCGGUCUUCUCGUUCCAGGGCGGCCCUGGCUCCGAGCUUGCAUGCGAGAGCGUUGGGGUGCUCGACUAUUGGGGCCUAGCUUUUCUUUUCAACUAA